AUGGCCAAGCUUGUCACAGAGCAUCGAUUAGCAUUGACCGAGCCAGAGAACUUCCAGAACAAGAUCCAUCUUAUAUGGGAGACCUUCAAAAUGAAAUAUGAGCGGACCAGAAGCCGCGAUACGGUUCUACUGGAUGCUCUCCUCCUUGAGUUGGACACUGUACGUCCGAGCCAGAAAUACAGUGUUGAUACACCAACUUCAGGCGAGCACGCUUUCUUUCAUUUUGAUGCUGCAAUCACCGAUGGCGAGGCAAAGGCCCUCAUUCACGAGGCUAAGGGCAUUGAUCCCAUCUUAGCUGGACUGACUCCCUCCCUUAUCUCCGCUGUACAUACGGCUCUGUGA